AUGGUCAAAGAUACAAAAUACUACGAGAUUUUGGGCGUCGAGGAGACGGCCACAGAUGUGGAAUUGAAGAAAGCUUACAGAAAACAAGCAAUCAAACUUCACCCUGACAAAAACGGUAAUGAUCCCGAGGCCGCCGCCAAGUUCCAAGAGUUGGGCGAAGCUUAUGGUAUUCUCCAGAACCCAGAGCUGCGUAAGAUCUACGAUGAGUUGGGUGUUGAGGGAAUGAAGGAGAAUAAUGUGGCUGCUGAUGCUGCUGACAUUGACCCAGCUGAGUUCUUCAAGAUGAUCUUUGGCGGUGACAGUUUCAAGGAAUGGAUCGGUGAGUUGUCUAUGCUUAAUGAUAUGACCAAGACGGCCGAGAUCUUGGGUGACAGCGAGGAAGAGAGUGAAAAGGAGGGUGAUAAGGCCACGGAAGAGGCCGCUUCGAAGACCCAGGACUUGUCGCUUAACGAGAAGACAGGCGACGAGGAUACUACCGUGGGUAGCCACACUGGCGAAGGCAGAUACACCGAGUUGAACCACGAGAUCGAGAAGAAGAAGAAGGCCAAGCUUAAGAAGGAGCAGAGGGAGAAGCUCCAUGAGUUCUACAAGGAAUCCAAGGCUGCCGAGGAGAGAAGAGUGGGUGAGUUGGCAGACAACUUGUUGAGCAGAAUCGAGAAGUACAGAUCGGCUGCAACGAACGAAGAUUCUUUGAAGCAGUACAACAGCAAGCUUCGAGAGGAGCUCGAGGAUUUGAAGGUCGAGUCUUUUGGUAUCCAGCUUUUGCACUUGAUCGGUAAGACCUACCAUACUCAGGCCAAGGCCACCAUUCUGUCCUCCAAGACAUUCGGUAUCACCAAGAUCUACACCUCCAUGAAGACCAAGACCAACAGAAUGAAGUCUGGUUUCCUGAUCAUCAAGACUGCCCUCGAUGCUCAGAUGUCUGCUGAAGAAAUGGUCCAAGAGCAGGCCAAGUUAGAGCAAGCUGGUGUUGAGCUCACCGACGAGGACAAGUACAAGCGUAUGGAGCAAGAGAGAAUCAUGACCGGUAAGUUCUUGAAGACAGCCUGGGCAUCUACCAAGUUUGAGCUUACUGGUGUCUUGAACAAGGUCAGCCACAAGGUCUUGAACGAUAAGAGCGUUUCUAAGAAGGAGAGAGUGGCCCGUGCUGAAGCCGUCAUAUACAUUGCAAAGCAAAUGUUGGAGACCGAGAGAACCCCAGAGGAAGACGAAGAAGCCCAGAUCUUCGAAGAGAUGAUGGCCGAUGCCAGUACCAAGAAGUCCAAGGGCAAGCACUCUAAAAUGAGUGAGAGGGAUUUCGAACAAUACUUCCAGCACUAUGAUCCCGAAGACGCGGAUGUCCAAAGCUCUGAGAAAAAACAAGUGCUUGGCUUGUACAAGAAGAUGCUUGAAAGAGCUUACAAGUUUGACAACUACAACUUCAGAGAGCAUGCGAAAAGGAGAAUCCACGAUGCCUUCAAGGAAAAUAAGAACUUGACCAAGGAGGAGGAGAUCACUUCUUUCUACAACGAGGCCAUCAACGAGUUGGCCAUGUUGGAGAGACAGUCGACCAUCUCGCAGAUGUUCACGUUGGACAAGCUUGUUGUCGAACCUUUGAAGAAGCAUCACUAA